AUGGGGAUGGGAGAGGGGACUACGGAGGGGGUGGCCCCGACGGGAGGGGCGGAGGAGGUGGCGACGGAGGGGGAGGCCCCGACGGGAGGGGCGGAGGUGGUGGCGACGGAGGGGGCGGAGGAGGUGGUCCCGGAGGUCGAGAGGACGCCCGGCGUGAUUGAGGGUAAGAGACAUGCUGUUGAUGAGACGGAGCAGGUAGUCGGUAAGAAAUUGAGAAUGCCGUCACAGUAUGUUGUUUCCCCCUUCACGGCUGAGGCCAAGAGGAGGACGUUCAUCGAUGGGACGUACCCGAACUUAUUCAGAGAGGUGGACAAUGCCAAGUGGAAAGCGUUCGAGACAGAGUGGAGGAGAAUUAUCCCCGGAGCUAGCCGCACGAUAGGACCAAGGACGAUCUCGGACCCUUACAAGUGGUUCCACGAUAUCACCACUGCGGGAGCUUGGCUCGCCGACGAUCACAUCGACCUGGCCAUGGACUUGCUGCGAGAUCGAGCUCAAAGACAUCCAAAAUCAUUUGAUGUCCAUGGUCGAGUCAUAUUAAACACCGAGUUCCUGGGUGCCGUUACCAUAGAGUAUCAGUCGCUCGCACAUAUGGGUAACGAGUACACGGUGCCAGAAUAUAUGCUCGAGUGGGUGAUAGGACUGUCACCGAGUGUCGCGGGAAAAUUAUGGGAGGGUUGUACAUAUAUGUACAUUCCAGCGUGCAUCAAUAAAUACUAUGUUACGCUGGAGAUCGUUUUUGCUGACUCUACUAUAUAUGUGUACGACCCAGAUCAUUCAUGUUUGACACAAAGCCAGUUGGAGCAAAAUCUGGAGUCCGUGGCUGUUUAA